AUGGAGCAGGGCGGCCGCCGGGCUUUCGGCAGCAUCUGCCCCAACCGGGCGCCGGGCCCGCCCGCUCGCGGAGCCAAGAAGCCGGCGCGGACCGGCGGGGCGGCGGCGGGGACACCUCCGGCGGGGCUGAGCCCCCGCGGCCCCGCGCCCCGUCCCCGCCGCGGCCCCGCCGGCCCGGCCUCGGCCCUCUCUCACCGCCGUCUCUCGCCGCCCCAGGCGCGCGCCGCCCGCGACUGGCAGGAGCUGACAGCCCGCGGCCCCGUUCUCCCCGCCGCCCCGGUCGGCCCCGCCGCCCCGCCGCAGGUAACCCGCGGCCCUGCACGGCUCCGGCGGUGCGAGAGCUUUGCGGCCGUCGGGGCCGACCCCGCCCCUUCACCGGGCUUCAUUCGUGCCCAGGGCCCGUGCCUGCAGGAUGAGCCGGAGUUCGAUUUCCAGGAUCUCAGAGAUGCCGUCGAUUAUUUUAUAUCUGAUGCCUCCGCCUGGGUGCCCCCGCCGCCGGACUGCUCUGACUUCGACUUCUCUCUCGGCGAGGACGUGGCCUUUGGCACCUGUGCGGUGUGCCCGCAGCCCCCGGAGUCCCUGCAGCCGUGCUGGCGGGAUGCUGCCGAGCAGCACCGGCAGGCACUGGGGGACGCUCUGGAGGAAAACAGCCAGCUGCAGGAGGCCCUGGCGCAGAAGCAGGAGGAGCUGGCGACGCUACGGGAGAGCAACGUGCAGCUGAAGGAGCUGGCGAGCCAGGCCCGGCAGCUGGCCGCAGUACUCGACGUGAGUGCUGCCGCCCAGCAGUGCGGGGCGCGGGGCGGCCGGGCCGCACGGAGGGUAGCGGGGCGAGGCGCUGCGGGGCUACGGGGCGGCGCGCUGAAGCCUCUCUCUCCCCUCUGGCAGAAGCUGAUGCUCCCGCAGCGCCCCGACGGCGCGGAUCUUCCUCCUCCCUCUCCUCAUCCUCCUCCCGCCGGGAGCUGCGGCCGCGCGGAGGCGGCGGGCGUGGGCGGCAUGCUGCGGGCGGUGUCGGCGCAGUGUCGCGCGGCUCUGCGCAGCCUGGCGGGCGGUCCCGACGCCAAACGCCCGCGCUUCCACGGCGCCUUCCGCGGGCUGCGCACCGCGCGCGCGGCCGUCCCGCGGAGCCCCGGCGGCGCGGAGCCGGAAGGCGGCGGCAGCCUGCGGGCGGCCCUCGGCGAGCAGGGCGGCAUCCGCACGUUGGCCUUCCCGCAGGGCAACGCCUUCACCCUGCGCACCGCCGGCGGAGGGUACCGCUUCCGAUGGGUGCCGCGCUGAGAGCCCGCGGGGUGCCCGCCCGGCAGCGCUGCUCUCUGGGCCGAGAACGGGUGACUUUUCGCAUGCCCGAGGCCGGAGGGGCGCUGUGCGCCGCGGAGGGCCGGGAGGAGAGAGCGCUGUGCACGCGCGUGGCCGAGCAGCGGGGCGGCUGUCUGCCCUCGGGAGGCGCUGGGCGCGGGGAUGCGGGGAGAGCUGCGUCGGCCCAGCCGAUAACUCGCCGUCGGUAAGCGGGGUAAUGGAUGUGGAGCCACCAUACGGCGAACAUCUGCCCGGCUUGCGCAGUGGGACGCAGAACCGUCUGUGGAAAACGGCAGCUGAAAACCGCAGCUGUGACAGGAGCGGCGGCUGCGGGCGGCCCGUGCCACGACGAGCCCUCUGGUGUGUUCGGGCGCGGCUGCCCUCCGCAUCGUGGCGUUUUAAAUCCACGGUGUUUACAAACUGCAGUUUGUCAUUCAUGUCUGCAACUGUCCGUGUGUGUUUGCACUCCGUGUGACGAUUAAA